CUGUCGGAGCUUUCUAUAGCCAAUCCAGCGGGUUCCGCCCGUUCUGCAGCUUGCGUGACCCGUUCGUCCUGCGGCCGGUCCGUGAGUGCGCUGUCAACUCUUGAAAAGGCGACGUUUACAGCUUGACCAAACUCAAGGCUCCCGCGGAAUCUUGCUCCUUCGUUUAUCACAAAUCGUUAUCAUCGACGUCAUCACCACAAUCGCUUCGCAACGCAAUCACAAGGAAGAUGCACUCGCUGCAAGUCUUGGCCAGUACGAUUCUUAUCACGCUUCUCACGAAUCAGCCGUUCGUUGCAGGCGACCUUAUCACGUCUACGAUCGUUGCCACACCCGGCGCGGUCCUUACAUUUGAGGGAACAACCAUCACGGUACCCGGUGCCGCAGCCGUGCAAACAGGAUGGGGCACGACGUUCUCUGUGACCGACACGAGCACGUACACGAGUGCCGUGAACGGGAGUGUAUCUACGGCGUCCGGUAGCAGCAGGUCUCUUGGUAUCGUGUGAUCAGACUGUCCAGCUCAAGUCCCGAAACAAUCCAAGU